AUGGCGGCUUUCGAGCAUCCUCCUGGAGCGAUUUGCGAUUUCGAGUCAGAGCUGCCGCAUCGUUCUUAUCUGGAAAAGCUCAAGUCCCGUUCUGGCUGCGCGUUGGACCACAAGGAAACUGGCGAGGUCAAUGCCGCGAGCGUCAGUGACAAAGAUGAUCUCAACGACAACGACGACGACGACGACGACAACAGCAGCGUCUCGAGUGACGAUUGCAAAUCCGCCACCGCUUUCGUGGGUGAUGCACCGCGGCGACCUGGACCAAUUCGUUCAAGGCUGCCAGAUGACAGUUCCUUGAAAACGUUCCUUGCACUGCAAGAUUGCAUGUCAUUUUCGCUCACCACACUUCUGUGUCCCAACAUGUCCCUCGUAAAAACGUGA